AGAAAGUGAGGCUGGCAGGCGGCGGCAAAGGAGCCGGCGCGCGGCGGCGGCAGGAAGUCUGUGCCCGAGAGCAGCAGAAAUAAGAGCCAGGGAGGGACCGCGGCGGCGGCGGCGAGAGCGAAAGAGGAAACUGCAGAGGAGGAAGCCGCGCAGCAGCCGAAGCUGCCCGGCUCGGCGCCCGGCAUCCCCGCCGCCCCUGCGCCCGCGCCGCGCCGCGCCCCCGGCGCCCCCUCCCCAGCGCGCCCCCAGCCGCCCCUCCGCGCCGCGUUCGUCGGCCAUGGCCCGGGAGAACGGCGAGAGCAGCUCCUCCUGGAAAAAGCAGGCUGAAGACAUCAAGAAGAUCUUCGAGUUCAAGGAGACCCUCGGAACCGGGGCCUUUUCCGAAGUGGUUUUAGCCGAAGAGAAGGCAACUGGCAAGCUCUUUGCCGUGAAGUGUAUCCCUAAGAAGGCGCUGAAGGGCAAGGAAAGCAGCAUAGAGAAUGAGAUAGCCGUCUUGAGAAAAAUUAAGCAUGAAAACAUUGUCGCCCUGGAAGACAUUUAUGAAAGCCCAAAUCACUUGUACCUGGUCAUGCAGCUGGUGUCUGGUGGAGAGCUAUUUGACCGGAUAGUGGAGAAGGGGUUUUAUACAGAGAAGGAUGCCAGCACUCUGAUACGCCAAGUCCUGGACGCUGUGUACUAUCUCCACAGAAUGGGCAUCGUCCACAGAGACCUCAAGCCCGAAAAUCUCUUGUACUACAGUCAAGAUGAGGAGUCCAAAAUAAUGAUCAGUGACUUUGGAUUGUCAAAAAUGGAGGGCAAAGGAGAUGUGAUGUCCACUGCCUGUGGAACUCCGGGCUAUGUUGCUCCUGAAGUCCUCGCUCAGAAACCUUACAGCAAAGCCGUCGACUGCUGGUCCAUUGGGGUGAUUGCCUAUAUCUUGCUGUGUGGCUACCCUCCUUUUUAUGAUGAAAAUGACUCCAAACUCUUUGAGCAGAUCCUCAAGGCGGAAUAUGAGUUUGACUCUCCCUACUGGGAUGACAUCUCCGACUCUGCAAAAGACUUCAUUCGGAACCUGAUGGAGAAGGACCCGAAUAAAAGAUACACGUGUGAGCAGGCAGCUCGGCACCCAUGGAUUGCUGGUGACACGGCCCUCAACAAAAACAUCCAUGAGUCUGUCAGUGCCCAGAUCCGGAAGAACUUCGCCAAGAGCAAAUGGAGACAAGCGUUUAAUGCCACGGCUGUCGUGAGACAUAUGAGGAAACUCCACCUUGGCAGCAGCUUGGACAGUUCAAAUGCAAGUGUUUCGAGCAGCCUCAGUUUGACCAGCCAAAAAGACUGUGCGUCUGGCACCUUCCACGCUCUGUAGUUUCAUUUCUUCUUCGUCGGGGGUCUCAGGAGUUGGAGCCGAGCGGAGACCCAGGCCCACCACUGUGACGACAGUGCACUCUGGAAGCAAGUGACUGGCCCUGGAGGUGGGGCCCGGGGGCAGGGCUGGGAAAGGGGAGCCCCAGGGUGGCCAGUGCCACGGGCCACUCCAGCGAGACCCCACCUUGCAUGGUGCACUUCCUGCGUAGGACUGGAAGACCGAAGUUUUUUUAUGGCCAUAUUUUAUACUGCAAUUCUGAAGUGUUCAUUUCUCACAAACUGUACUGACUCGAGGGGCGCUGAUUUCAUAGGAUCUGGUGCUGUAUAUACAAAUCUUGCAAAGCUCGAACUGAACGGACCUUCUUCUUCCUCUCCCCCAACGCCGUCCUUCCCACUCUUCUCAGUGUAGGUGACCGUCUACGGUGUGUUUUUUCAUUCAUGACAAAAAACAAGGUUUCAACUGGAUUAUUUAAAUAUUGGUAAAUAUUGUGCAUUAGGGUUUGUUUUUCCUUUUAAGAAGUAUGUCCUUUGACUCUGUCGCUCAGUUAUGUGACCUGUAUCUCCUCCUCUUCAAUAGUGGUUUUAUGUUAACCUUUAAGAGAUUUGUUUUUCCUCCAAGGAGAAUUUAAAGGUAUUUUUAAACAUUCGAAGAAGAGGAUCAAGAA